UUGCCACAGGGUAAUUACCAAUGAUAUAUCCCUCUCGCUUCACCCAAUAUAGUUAUGAUGCAAUAAACGUCUAAACCAAAACAUUGCCAUAAAUGGAUCAAAGCAAGUGGGGGGUGAAUUCAAUUUAAGAAGGAAAAAUCAAUGAAGAAUGCUCAAUAAAAAGAGUGAGGUAUAGCAAGAGAGAAAGUGUUUUUCUUCUCUUCCAUUUAGAAGAAGAGACCAAUUUCUAUGGCUUCUAUUGAGGUGCUUUCUGAUUCAACAUGCAGAUCUAUGGAUGAUAACAAAGCUAAUGAUGAUGAAAAAGUUAGUCCUUCAUCAGAUGAAAUGAUAGAGAGAAGUUUAGGAACAUUUGGAUGGGUAGAAUUUGUGCAAUGCAUUCUUGUAUCAUUCGCAAUGUUCUUCGACGCACAACAAUCAUUCAUAACAAUUUACACCGACGAUUACCCAACAUGGCAUUGCACAGAUUCAACGACAUGCAAUUCAAAUUCCAACAUCUGCAAAAUCCCAAAAUCUUCAUGGUCAUGGGAUGGACCAGUUCAAAAGACAAUCAUAUCUCAAUGGAGUCUUGAAUGUGCAAGUAGCUUCAUCACAGGUUUACCACAAUCUUCAUUCUUCAUAGGUUGCCUAAUUGGUUCUUUUGCAUUAGCUACUUUAGCUGAUACAUCCCUUGGAAGAAAAAACAUGUUGAUUAUCUCUUGUUUAUCGAUGUCAAUAACCUCAAUCAUCAUUGUGUUUUCAACCAAUGUUUGGAUUUACUCGGCUUUCAAAUUCCUUAUCGGAUUUUGGCGUUCGUCUAUCGGUACAUGUGUUCUUGUUUUGUUAACGGAAAAAGUUAGUACCGAGUGGAGGUUCACGGUUGGAAUCGUUGAAUAUUUUUGCUUCACAUUAGGGUACAUGUCAUUACCCGGUGUAGCUUAUGUUUUUCGAUUUUCAUCGUGGAAAAGUGUUUACAUUUGGACAUCAAUUCCAGCUAUAAUUUACACAAUCAUUGGUUAUUUCUUUGUUACCGAGUCUCCAAGAUGGCUUCUAAUGCAAGGUAGAAACAAAGAAGCUAUUGCAAUGCUUAAAGGAAUGAGUUCGGAAGAAAAUGCUGAUUUAACCGCGAGUUUGUUGCUAAAUGCACCUCCUAAACAAAAGACUUCAGUUUUUCAACUAUACUCAUCAAUAACAAAGUUGUUUGAAAGAAGCUGGGCUUUGAAAAGAAUGGUUGCAAUUAUGGUUCUUGGUAUGGGAAUUGGAAUGGUUUAUUUUGGUAUGCCACUCGCCGUUGGAAACUUAGGAUUCGACAUUUACUUGGCCGUUGUGUUUAAUGCCUUGAUGGAAAUACCGUCUUGUGUUGCUACUUAUUUCUUGGAGAAUCGGCAAAGAAAGCCGUCAAUUCUUGCAUUUUCAAUAGCGAGUGGCGUAUGUUGUGUUAUGUGUGUUGUUGUUGGAUCAGGAGUACAAGGAAUCAAAGUUGGGUUGGCGUUGACAUCGUUUUUCAGUGCUACUACAGCUUAUAAUGUGUUUCUCAUUUACAUUAUAGAGUUGUUUCCGACAAGUGUGAGGAACACGACAACGUCAUUGGUGAGACAAGCUAUUGUUUUCGGCAACAUUUUUAGUCCUUUUUUGAUAUCUGCUGGGAGGAAAAAUGAUGUUUUCUCUUAUGGUGUGUUUGGGGUUGUUAUUAUGUUGUCAUGUGUUACAUUGCUUGCUUUGCCAGAGACCAAAGGACAAGCUCUUUGUGAUACUAUGGAUCAACAAGAGAAAAAAGACAAAAAUUAUGUUUAAUGUAAUAUUUGUACUAGGGUCUGUUUUUUAUGCAUUUAGGUUCAUUUGGUUUGUUGUAUUUGGUUGAAGCUUUGCUUUGUCUUGGUUUUGAAGUGUGUGAAUCUAAAAUCUUAUUUUUGAACAAUGAUAUAAGAAUCUAAGAUCUAAGAUCUUUUUUGAUA